ACUUUUUCCACUGCAUGUCUCCUAACGAACCCAACUACAAAAACCACUGCCACCACCCUCUCUUCCUCCCUCAUUCUCUCCACUCCAUUCAUAUCGAUCCCUCCUCACUGAGGAUUCCUACUAAACUCUUUCCCCAUUGAGGAUCGAUUGGAUCACAUUCUAUUAUUGAUUACUGCAACACUACAGCUGACAGAGAGAGAGAGAGAGCUAGCUGCAGGAAGGAAACCCAAAAAAGAAAGACUUCUUCAUUUAAACUACUACUACUACUACUGCUGCUACUAUCAAAUAUCAAUGGCUCGACCUCAACAACGAUACCGGGGCGUUAGGCAGAGGCAUUGGGGAUCUUGGGUCUCCGAAAUUCGCCAUCCUAUAUUGAAGACGAGGAUAUGGUUAGGAACAUUUGAGACAGCGGAAGAUGCGGCAAGAGCGUACGAUGAAGCAGCGCGUCUAAUGUGCGGACCCAGAGCCAGAUCCAAUUUCCCUUACAACCCAAAUGCUCCUCAGACCUCGUCCUCAAAGCUCCUCUCUGCUACUUUGACCGCUAAGUUGCACAAGUGUUACAUGGCUUCCCUCCAAAUCACCAAACAACACCAGCAGCUCCACCUGCGCCAACAGACGACUGAUCACCACAAAAUUCAUUUCACUUCCACUGCGGCGGCGGUUGCUUCCGGUUCACCUAACUGCCACAACAUUAAUAUUGGCGGUGGAAAUAAUAACGAUCAUGAAAAGGGUGUCUUGUCUUCGGGGUCCGGAGUGGUGCAGCAGGAGGCGUCGGCGGACCACCAGUUCGUUAAGCAACUUGAAGAAGAUGAUCACAUAGAACAGAUGAUUCAAGAACUGCUGGACUACGAGUCCUCCUUGGAGCUCUGCUAGAUCUCACAAAUUAACUCUCACCUCCUCAGGUGCCGCUAGCUGCUACCGAAAUUUGAAAGCAUUCCGCCCGACUAGUCUCUAGUUUGCUGCCUAAUUUUUUGUUGUUAACCCUUCCCGUCCGGGCUCCCCCCAUCCAUUUUGAUCAUUCAAUUUUUUUUUGCCAUGCACAUUAUUAAUCAAUUAGUAAUUAAUUAGGCACUACGUACGUACGCUAGCUCAUUCAGCUAUGAGCUCCUCCCUCCAUCAACCAUCAUCAUCUCAGCUUCCUAGAAUCUCCGUUUCAAAUUCUGAGCGACCCCAAUCCCAGUUCCAGAGCCCGUGUCCGCGUGGUAGUGUGAAAAUGUAUUGGAGAGGAUACGUCCAAUCCUUAUCCUAUCAUGGUUGUACAGUACUUUGCCAUGCUAAUGACUUGAUGUUAUAACAA